GUUUUUAGUUCAGAGUCGUGUCACUUGCGACACUGUCGUAGGGCCACAGUAAGACCACGUUCGUUGCUUUUUGUUGCUUUUCCUUGCUCGUUUGUUUCGAGUCGUGUUGAAACUUUCUCAAAAUUUCUUUGAUUUCGUGAAACAUUUACCAGAAAGUAAUUCACUUGUUCAAAAGUACCCACAACUGAUCGACAGAUGUUCGAUCCGUGACUUUAAAUAAGUGUCAAUCCGAGAGUUCAGUGAACAUGUCGAUGCUCGCAGAACCGCGCCGAAAACAAAAAUGGACACUGAACCCGCGAGGAAAACAAUGGUGCGAAGACUCGAACAAAUUUGGGCAGAAAAUGUUGGAGAAAAUGGGUUGGACGAGUGGAAAAGGACUUGGAGCAAACGAACAGGGAAUUACCGAGCACGUGCGCGUGUCCGUUAAAGAAGACACUGCGGGUAUUGGGUUUAAGAAAGAUCAUUUAGAUAAAGCAUGGACAGAACAUCAAGAUGGUUUUAAUGACUUUUUACAAGAGCUACAAAGAAGUCAAAGUCAUGUUGUAAUACAAAAAGAGGAAAUUAGAAGUGAAUUAAGUGGAAAAUCAUUGGAGUUGAAAUCUAAGUUCAGUCGAGCUCGUGUUCACUAUCAAAAAUUCACAAGGGGAAAAGAUGUAAAUAAAUACAGUUCAAAAGAUCUAGCCAAUAUAUUUGGUCAGAAAGAGUUGAACAUAAGUGAUAACAUUAAAGAGGAUGAAAGUAAUUAUCAGGAAAAUUCUGAACCAAGUUCAGUUGGUUCUCAAGAAAAUAGAGGUGGUGUUAUCACUAUAAAUGGUGGUAACAUGACUGAUUAUUUUAUGAAAAAAUAUCAGAAUUUUUCUGCAAUGCCUAAAAAUAAAAAACAAGAAGAUACCAACUCAGAAAGUGAACCUGAGUAUACUGGAUUUGGUUUUGUAUCAACAAUUAACAAAGAACAAUCUCAUAGCAAUAAGGAAAUGAAAGGAACAAAAGAUACUUGCGAGUAUGCUUUUGAAAAUCCUUGUUUAACAUUAAAUAGUCCUGAAAAUAUUUGCAAUUCUAGUAGCAAAAUUAAAUCUUCUAAAAAAAGAAAGAUUUCUGAGUACAAUGAAUCAAGUUAUAAUUCUAAAAAAUGUAAACACGGUGAUAUAAAUAAGAGUAUGUAUGAGAAUGGUUUUAUAAAUGUUGCUCUAGAUUUAGAAGGUCCACCUAACGAAGUUUUUAGUAGGAAGGAAUUUGAAGUAUCUAGAACAGAACUAGGCAUUACGAAUUCUGCUUUAGACUUAGAUGAUGAGAUAAAUGAUAAAAAAAGAGUAACAUUCAAUGAUUAUGUAGAAUAUAAUACUGAUUCUAUAAAGAAGAAGAAAGAAAGAGCUACACUAGAUAAAUUUGAGGUUGAAAAUAAGAAAAUUAAAAAGAAAAAAAAACAUGAAGAUAAUCUUCAUAGUAAUGUAUCAUCUUGUUUCAUUAAUGAGGCUUUAAAUAUUGAAGAAAUGUCUGAAGAAUUACAUGACAAUGAAAUUAAUGAAUUAAAAAGUAAAAGUUCUAAAAAGAGAAAAGAAAACCGUCGAUCUGUUCUGGAAACAAUUGUAGAAAUUCCAGAGGAAGAUAAAGAAACUGGUGAAAGUGGAAUUAAAAUUAAGAAAAAUAAACAAAAAGAGAAUAUACUUGAUAAUUCCAUACCAGAAGAAAAUCCUUCAAGCAAAAAGGCAAGGAAAAAGAAGAAGAAGAUAGAGAAAAUAGAAGAAAUUGUUGCUACCUGUAAAAAUAAUACAGAAAAAAGUACAAAAGAAGUAGAUACAGACAUAAAGACAACAUUUGAGAAAGGAGAUGAACUUUAUAAUCAGGAAGAUCAAGAAACUUCCUAUAAGCUAGAGAAAAAGAAAAAGAAAAAUAUUGAAUUAAGUGUAGAGAAACGCGGAGAAGUAAUCUCUAGAAUUGAAACAGAAGUUAAUAAUCCAAAUAAUGUUGAAAAGGCAGAAGUAGAAACGAUAAAAUCAAAAAAGAAAAAGAAAAUGAAAGCUGAUGUAGAUAUAAACGAGUUUAGUACGGAAAUUGUAAAUACGAAAUUCGAAAAGGAAAUCUCUGAUAAAGAAAAUGCAAAUGUUGUAUGUGAACUUACUCCUAAAGUAAGAAAACCAAAGAAAAAGAAACAUAAAGAAUCGAUGGAUGAGUCUAUUCCAGACAAUGAUAAUUCCAUUCAUGAUAUGGAAUCCUUAAAAGAAGAAUCUGUAAACCAAGUAACAAAUGCGUCUGCCAAUACACCGAAUACUACAAAAAAUGAAACGUUUAAUUCAUGGAGUGAAAAGGCAAAAAUGUCAAAAAGGCAUUUGUUUAGAUCUCUUUUUCAUAGAAACUCUGUUGCACAUUUUCCAGGUUCUAAUGUACAUGAAAUAAAGGGGUAUGGUGUUGAUAUACAAUAAAG